GAGGAGGCGGGUCUGAUAGCCGAUGACGUCAGUGGUAUAGAAGUCAGGCUGUGAGAAGUGCGACGUGUCCUAGUGAUCAGAGGCCGGGAAGAGAAGAACGUCUGUGCGGGGUCACUAUUAAAACGAGACACCAUGGAUCAGGUAAUGCAGUUUGUCGAGCCCAGCCGUCAGUUUGUGAAAGAUUCUAUCAGACUUGUCAAGAGGUGUACUAAGCCGGAUCGGAAAGAAUUCCAGAAAAUCGCAAUGGCAACGGCAAUUGGAUUUGCAAUUAUGGGAUUUAUUGGCUUCUUUGUAAAACUAAUUCACAUCCCCAUCAAUAAUAUUAUUGUUGGCAGCUAGACUUCCCCGGUUCAGACAACAGCAACAACUCUAAACUUUGCCUUCGUCUUAAUGGACAAGUUCUAGUAUUUUGUUCUUUGUAUAUUUUUUAUUUGGCCUAGCUCGUGUAAUAAAACCCAUAAAAC